CGAGCGUGUGCGCAGAGGCAGGCCCGCAUUGGUGUGUGGGCGGCCUCCCCGCCCCGGCCAAUCCGGGUGCAGCAGGAGGGUGGGGCCUGGUCCUCACUGGCGGGCCGGCGUCCGCGCGCGGGUUUCGUCUUCUCGCGGCUGCGGGCGCGUCCGCGUCGGCGCCAUGGAGUCGGGGCUGAUGGCGCGUUUAGCUCGGCGCCUGGGCGUCGCCGAGCCCGACGUGCUGAGGCAGGCGGAGGAGUACCUGCGGCUGUCCCGGGUGAAGUGCGCCGGGCUGUCCGCUCGCACCACCGAGACCAGCCGCGCGCUCGUGUGCCUGGACCUGGCCGCUUCCUGUAGGAGGCGCCCCUUGGACAGGGAUUAUAUAGCUAAACUUUCUGGUUUGAACAAGAAGAUGUACCAGAGCUGUCUUAAAUCUUUUGAGUGUUUACUGGGCCUGAACUCAAGUAUCGGAAUACGAGACCUGGCCGUCCAGUUUAGCUGCACAGAGGCGGUGAACAUGGCUGCACAGAUGCUACAAAGCUACGAGUCCAGCCUUCCACAGACACAGCAAGCGGAUCUCGACUUUUCCAGGCCGCUUUUCACCACCGCCGCACUGCUCACAGCCUGCAAGAUUUUAAAGCUGAAGGUGGAUAAAAAUAAAAUGGUAGCCACGUCCGGUGUAAAAAAAGCCUUAUUUGAUCGACUGUGUAAACAAUUAGAAAAGAUCGGGCAGCAGAUAGACAAAGAGCCUCAAGGCUCAGGUACUCCACCAUGGAAGAAAAGGAAGGCAGCGGUGGAACCUCUGGGACAGGAAAAAGAGAAGGUGGUAGAGAUCCCAAAUAAACCGCAAAGUGAUGAAGACCUGACGCUGGAUUACGAAGAGUGGAAAAGGAAGAUUUUGGAAAAUGCUGCCAGAGCACAGAAGGCUGGAACAGAGUGAUUGCAGCAGCCAGACUGCCGUGUGCUACAGGCCACCAUGUACCUGCCGCUCAACAAAGGUGUGAGUGCUCCAGAGUUUUCAGCUUUUAUAACAAGGAUCCUAAGACUGUCCCGUAACAGGAAGGCACCAGCACUGGGCCUGCUCUGGGCAGCAGGCUGGCCCCGGAUGUGGGCAACAAAUACAUUACAUCAGCCACAGUCCUGGUUGGCGUAGCCUUGGCUCUCACGGGUCUGCAGUCCUGCAAAUAGAAUUGGAGCCAUUUUACUCUUUUAAGCAAAAGACAGGUCUCCUGUCCUAGGCUAUACAAUUCAGGCUGAAUGGAGUUACAGAUUUUAUUUAAGUUUCUGUGUAAGUUUCUUGGUUUGACUAAAUCAGUAUGUGAUACCUAAAUUAAUAAAUAUUAUUUUUAUGUGUAUUCAGUUUGUCUUUAUCA